AGCAAUGAUUCCUCUCAUCCCACUCUUACCAUUACGUCUUCUUCUUCUUCUUUCCAUCUCUUCCUUCCUUCCCACUGCCACCCCUUCCACCCACUUCAAUUUCACCUCCUUCACCCCCAACACCCCCGGCAUCAACUUCUCCGGCGACGCCUUCACCUCCGGCGACAACGUCAUCCAGCUCACCCGCAACAGCGCCGACGGCAGCCUCUUGCAGAGCUCCGGCCACGCCGUGUAUGCCACCCCGAUCCAGCUAUGGAACCCUGCCACCCUCGCCAUCGCUGACUUCACCACCCACUUCCGGUUCAUCAUCAAAGCUCUCCACCCGACCACCUAUGGUGAUGGCCUUGCCUUCUUUAUCGCUCCGGUCGGCUACGAGCUCCCGCUAAACUCUAAUGGCUCGUGGCUCGGCCUCUUCAACUCAACCACCAAUAAUUCUAUCUCAACGCAGCUCGUCGCCGUCGAGUUCGACACGUUCAUGAACUCAUGGGAUCCUGACGACAACCACAUCGGCAUCAAUGUCAACUCCAUCGUCUCCAACGUGACGCUUACGUGGGGCAGCGACAUCAAGAACGAGAGCACCGGGUCGGCGCGGAUCGGCUACAACUCCACAUCGGGCCAGCUCUCUGUGUUCCUCACCUAUGGUGACGACCGCUAUAAUGGAACUCCAAGCCUGUGGCGCCGCCUCAACCUGACAGAGGUCCUUCCAGAGAGGGUGAUCAUUGGGUUCUCGGCCUCCACAGGAGGCCUGACGGAGCUUCACCAGAUUAUUUCUUGGGAUUUCUCCUCUAGCUUUGUUAAUGACCAGGAGGCACCUUCCAAGAAGAUGAGGAAGAAAACCCCUUUGGUGGCGGCCGUGGUGGUGGGAGUUGGACUUAUGGUUGCAUGCUUCGGUUACUUCUUGUUCAUUAAGAAGAAAUCACGUGAGAAGGGAGGAAAGGAGGCGGACUUGGUUUUUAAUGAAUCAAUGGAGGAUAAAUUGGCUGAAGGAACCGGACCCAGGCGGUUCACUUACAAAGAACUAGUCCGAGCUACAAGAAACUUCAGCGAGGAAGGCAAGCUCGGGCAAGGAGGCUUUGGAGGUGUCUACAUGGGACUUCUCAAGGGUAAUCCAUCGUCCGAGAUGGUCAUGGUCGCCGUCAAGAGGUUCUCAAGAGGCUCGAGCCAAGGGCGGAAGGAGUACGUAUCGGAGGUGACGAUCAUCGGCCGACUACGGCACCGAAACCUCGUGAGAUUGAUAGGCUGGUGCCACGACAACGGAGAAUUCCUCCUUGUCUACGAGUACAUGCCCAAUGGCAGCCUUGACGCCUACCUCUUCGGCAAGAAGUCCUCCUUGUCCUGGCCGGUGCGGUACCGGAUCGUGCUCGGCCUGGCCUCGGCAUUACUCUACCUUCAUGAAGAAUGGGAGCAGUGCGUGGUGCACAGAGAUAUCAAGGCGAGCAACGUGAUGCUGGAUUCAAGCUUCAACGCGAAGCUGGGCGACUUCGGGCUGGCAAGGCUGGUAGACCACGAGCUGGGCUCGCAGACGACGGUGCUGGCGGGGACGUUGGGGUAUCUGGCGCCCGAGUGCGUGACGACAGGCAAGGCUGGGAGGGAGUCGGAUGUGUAUAGCUUCGGAGUGGUGGUACUGGAGGUGGCUUGUGGGAGGAAGGCCAUCGAUCCCAAGGCUGAGGAGGUGGAGCAGAGGCUGGUGGACUGGGUGUGGGAGCUCUAUGAGAGGGGGAGGGUGGUGGAGGCCGCUGAUGGGAGGCUCGAAGGGGAGUUGGAUGAGAGGCAAAUGGAGAGGGUGACGGCUCUGGGGCUGUGGUGCGCGCAGCCGGACUACAAGUUGAGGCCUUCAAUGCGGCAGGUGGUGCAAGUGUUGACGGCGGAGGCUCCCGUGCCGAGCCUGCCGAAACCGAUGAAAUAUGAUGCCCCACCAGCGCUGGAUGUAACUAAUUUUGCUUGCACUGGCACGGGGACCAUGGAUAGUUCUAGUUCAAGCAGUCGGUAUCAUGGGUCAUCGCAGGCAUCUUCAGGGGCUCAUUCUCCUACUAAUCUCUCUUGCAAAUUAAAUGCAUAG